AUGGAACAUCUCAUACUCACCAGGGAUCUUCUCAACACUAGUUUACACCAAUCAAGACAGAUUGACUUUGAGAUUCACAAAACUGCUGCCAAUGUCACCCGUAUCAAUCAUGCAUUUCCAUCUUUGGAAGCAGCGAUCAGAAAUAUGGCAUGCAAAUGUGCCACUUUUGGCAUCAGGAACCAUGUUGAUCGUGCACUUCCAACUGUUUCUGCGGUUUUCAAGGUCUCCCAAGUAGUAAAUGAGCUCGGGAAGUUGGUCUCAACCCACUCUGCCUCUGACCUCAAUCUCUACCUGUCCCUGGUGAAACGCUUCCGGCAGGCGCUUACACUUCUCACCAACACCUGCAAAUUAGCAAUCCCGUGGGUGGAAGAUGUCAAGCUAUUUCUCCUAGACGGGACCACAGACCUAGGUGUAGGUGUGGAUCAUGACCACCCUUAUCAAUCCAAUGUCUGCAAGACUCUACAUUUACUGGAGGAGUUGCAGGGAACAGAGGAGCGUUCCCUACUCGAUCAAGGGAUUCUAGGUGUUGCUUUCAAUAAGCUGGAAGAUGAAUUCAGACGUCUUUUAAUCCAUAACAGUUCGCCUCUUCAAGUUCCAUCGUACCUUUUCUCAUCUGGUGAUGAGGAAAGUGAUGCAUCUGAUCCAUUACCACCACCACCUUUGCCUUUUCCUAUUGUCCAGAACCUCAGAGCUAUUGCCGUGUGCUUUGCAUGUGACAACCAACUAGACCAGUGCAUGUCUAUAUAUAUCAAGGUCCGUAGCACAAUUGUUAAAGCAAGUUUACAAGGUCUUGAUUUAGGGUAUCUGGACAUCUCAUUAUCAGAAUUUGAUAGCGUGCAAGAGAUAGAAGGUUACAUAGACGAAUGGGGGAGGCAUUUGGAGUUUAUAGUGAAGCAUCUACUUGAACUGGAGUACACGCUUUGUCACCAGGUGUUUGGCCAACUAGAUGUGUGGACAGAUUGCUUCUCCAAGAUUGCACUCCAGUCAGGGAUACAGGGUUUUAUCAAAUUCGGGAAUACAGUCACAAAGGGUAAAAAAGAAGCAAUCAAGCUAUUCAAGCUGCUGGACAUGUUUGCAGCCCUCAACAAUCUGAGACAAGAUUUCAAUAGGAUAUUUGGUGGGACACCAUGUUCAGAAAUUCAAACACAAACCAGGGAUCUCAUCAAAAAGGUUGUAAAUGAGGCUUGCGAAAUUUUCCAGGAUCUCUCAGCACAAGUUGAGCUUCAAAGGCUAACAGACCCUCCUCCCGAUGGUUCCAUUCCAAAAUUGGUAAGCUUUGUAACAGAAUAUACCAACGAGUUGCUGGACAAUGAUUACAGACCUGUACUGAACCAAGUUAUCAAAAUCUACUCCAGUUGGUACGACAACAACAAAUUCACUAAGAGACUUGUCUCGCUUGAGGUUCACAACAUAGUAAAAUCACUGGAACGUAACUUAGUGACAUGGGCAAAGAGAUAUGAAGACACCGGUCUGUCUUAUAUAUUCAUGAUGAACACCAGUUGCUACUUUUCCAAACAUCUAACAGGUACAAAUCUAGGGGAUCUCAUGGGGGAAUCUUGGAUAAAACGACACCAGAAUCACGUGGAAUACUACGCAACACUCUAUCUGAGGGAGAGUUGGGGAAAGAUCUCAGCUCUGUUAGACAACAAUGACGGAGAUGUCAAGAAAAGAAUCAGAGGCUUCAAUGAAGCAUUUGAUCAAGUGUAUAGAAAACAAUCGGGGUGGGUGUUGUGUGAUAGAGGUCUCAGAUGGGAAACUUGCCAGCUAAUACUGCAAGUCAUAAUCCCUGUCUAUAAGAGACACAUACAAAAUUACUUGGCCUUGGUAGAAAGCGAGGUUAGUCCUAACAAGUACGUAAAAUACAGUGCAGAGAGCCUAGAAAGUAUGGUGACCUGCAUGUUUCAGCCAAAGUUGGAUAAGUAUGAAAACAGCACCAAGUAUACAAACUUGAUGGGUAAGAUCAAGAAUGUUGUUGCAGGUCGCUUCUCGCCAACAACUGCUGCAGCUUGAUUGAUAUUUCAUCCAGGCCAAGCCUUAGUUGCACAUAAUCAUGUACAUACUAGACACAAGUGUAGUACAUUAACAUAAUAUGUACAUUUAUUUAUAUAUAGCAAAGACAUAUCUGGUGACUUGCACACCUCUGAUAAAACAGUUUCAAUCAUGAUCUAAU